AUGGCCCAAGUGGAGGCUGAAAAGGACGAAGCACCAUCGGUUUACAAUCAGGUGGUGAACUUGAUAAAUGAAGCUAACGUUGUCAAAGAUCAGGCUCGACGGUUGCACGAUUUGCGAAAGGUUCAGGAAUUAAUAAUAUACAAAGAUUCAAAUUUGUUGGACAACUUUCUCGACGAGAUGCUUGGAUUUCAACACGACUCAUCCCCCGAGAUUCGUACGUUUAUCGUCAGUUUCAUCGAAGCAGCUUGUGCAAAGGAUGCCGACGUGUUGAGCAAGAUUGCGGUGAAUCUUGCGUUUCUAAUGUCUGAUCAAAAUUCGAAAGUGAGAAAAAGAGUUAUGUCAGCCAUGGCCAACCUGUAUCCGCUGGCACUCAAGUGGGUGUCGAAAACGCGUUUGGUUUCGCCGACGGUCGAGUCUAGCUGGGAAACGUUCGUACAGCUAAAAAAUCAACUAGUCGCUCUGAUUGACUCAGACAACGAUGGCAUUCAGAAUCGUGCGCUGAAUUUCUUGGAAGCGGUGAUCAUAGCGCAAUCGUGUAAACCAGCCACUAUGGCCGAGUUUAAGCCGGAAGAGAUGUGUCUGAACCUGGUUCCCAGGGAUCACCGCUUUAUCAGCUACCGGCGGUUGGAGGCAGAGGCCAAAACGUUGUUCUUGAAACUGCUUCAGUUGCUGUCAUCACAAGUGUCGAGCAUGAACCUGACAUCAACGAUGCAGAGCCUGACGCGUGUUGCCAAGAGGCGUCCGGAAUUCAUCGAAAAGGUGGUGCUCGCGUUUGAGACGAUUCAUGUAAACCUGCCACCGAAUCUGGCCAGGUCGCAGGUGUGCUGUGUGCGGAAACUGCUUAAAUCGCAACUGCUGGGGCUCUUGAAGCAUCAUGCAUCAUCUGAGUAUCAGGUGCAGAUCACGACCUUGCUGACUGACUUGGGUGCGACUCAAGUCCAGGUAUUAAAGGCUCUUCCGUCAGACAGCGAUCUGCGCAAAAGGAUGCUGAAAACGGAUGAUGAAGAUCGCGAUGCCGUUUCGUCGUCGGAGUCUCCGCUAAAACGAACGAAGACCGAAGAGCGGGACGAUGAGGAAGAUGACGAAGACAGUGAAGAAAGUCGCCGAAACAGCGCCAUCAACAUCACCACCGAAUUUCUGUACCAUCGGCUGACCCCAGAAAAUGUGACCGACCUUGUGUUGGUGACCAUGGUGGUUUUACCUGACACGAUGCCGCCGCUGUUUCAGUCCAGCUAUACACCGAUUGCGGCUGCAGGCACUGAGGGUCAGAUUCGCCAUUUGGCCCAUCUGAUGGCCACACAGUUUGCUAACCGUGAUUUGUUGCCGGGAUUGGAGCAGAUCAGCGUGGAGCGUAUCAGGCCGUCCGCUGAAGACCGCCUCGAGACUCCGCGAACUAACCUUGUUCCUCCAACCGUUCCUUCGUUUCCACUACCAGAUACUCGUCAGCCGACCUCUAUGGUACCCCCAGUGACGCAGACCGGCAAGACGUCCAAGAGGCUGCACCAGUUUGGCCUCGCUCACAUCACGAAAAUGAAGACCGCUAGCGAGCUGUACGACAUGACGGUGAAAGCGUUUGAACGAAUAAUGAAUGCCGAAAAGCGGGUUCUGAGCGGCGGUGCUUCCGUUCCGCACAUGAAGAUCCUGGUCUCCAUGGCAUGUCAUUUCAAUAUUCCUCGACUGCAAGAAAUGCUUGAGGAGUUCAUUUUAAGCGAUCAGAAGCAGCGAGCCGAGUUGGCCAUCCUCUGGAUUUAUCACGAGUACAGCAGCUACCAAGGUUUUAACCAGAGCUUGCUCCAGGACCCUGAAAAGGGUUUCGAGAAAUACGACUCUUGCUUGACUCGUUUGCUAUCGGCGCUGUUGUCGAGGGGCGAGCACCGAGAAAGCCUCUUUCACCGAAUCUUUCUCGAGGCUCCUCAGAUCACUCCAAACGCGAUUAACAUUGUGAAGCAGGCUUGCACCGAUCCGGUGCAUGGUUCAUUUGGACUCACGACACUCCGCGAAAUGAUCCUCACACGCCUGCGACAAAGGAAGGAGCUGUUGUUUGCACUGAUUGAUUUCACUUGUUACGAAAAAACUGAUCUUCGUCACCAGAGUCUUGAAAUCACCAAGGAGCUGUUGCACAAUCCGGUGCUGCGAGAAAGCGUUCUGCAGUACGUAACAAUGUUUCUGCGGUACUUGUUGUUGCCCUCUCCGCCGGAUUCCAUAUUUGGUGCUGAGCGUGGCAGACCAGAAAAUCCGGGCAAAUGGGACGAGCAGUCGAUCAAAGCCUGUCUCUAUCUGUAUUUAUUUUUGCUUCCUGAAGAGCCGAAGCUCAUCCAUCAGCUAGCAAACGUCUACAAUGAGGCGACUGGCGAAAUCAAGCUAGUGAUCCUGCGCCAGAUCGAGGCGCCGAUAAAGGUAGUGGGUAUGCACUCGCCGGAGCUACUGACAUUUGUUGAACGCUGUCCAAAAGGUGCCGAAACUCUGGUCACUCGCCUUGUCCACGUUCUGACGGAGAGAAAUCCACCAACGUCAGAAUUGGUAAAGCGAGUGAGGGACUUGUACCAUGAACGAGUUCCCGACGUGCGGUUUUUGAUACCGGUUUUGACCGGUUUAAGCCGGAAAGAAAUCCUUGUCGCUCUGCCAAAAUUGAUACGUUUAAAUCCAAACGUGCUCAGAGAAGUCAUAAACCGUCUACUGCACGGGAAAAGUUUGGAGACGGGUCAUCAACCGAUGUCGCCCUCUGAACUACUGAUAGCAUUCCAUCAGAUCGACACUUCGAAUACAGACGACAUGAAAUGCGUUAUUACGGCGACAAACAUGCUUUUGUCUGAUCGCCACGUUUUCACAAAGGAAGUGCUGGCAGGCGUCAUCCAGCAACUUGUCGAUCAACAGCCCCUUCCCAUGCUGCUCAUGAGGACAGUCAUUCAGGCGCUGACGGCAUUUCCGGCAUUGAUCGGCUUUGUCAUGAAUAUGUUGCAGAGGCUGAUCAUGAAACAGGUGAUUCAGAUGUUUCUGAUUCAGACAUUCACUGUUAAUGUCCCCAAACAUUCCGCGAGAUGA